AUGAGCAUUGAGAAAGAACAGCAUUCCAGCGACGCAGUUAAUGGUCGCAUAGAGCCUCAACUUGAAAAAGUAUCGGAUUUUCAUCUGAGUAGUUCCAGCAGUCAAUCGGACGCACCGCGCGCACCCGCAAUCUCAUAUGAAGCAAAAGAGAACCUCCCAGGCUGGAAGGUCUUCGUCAUAUGGCUGGCCGUUUCAUUUGGAGUUCUGUGCACCUUUCUUGACGAGGGAAUUAUUGCCACGGCUAUCCCCAGAAUCACAGAUCAAUUCGGCUCGCUAAAGGACGUCGGUUGGUACGGCUCGGCGUAUCAGAUGACUCUGUGCGCCUUUCAAUUGAUCUAUGGCCGUCUUUACAACCAAUUCAAUAUCAAGACCGUCUUCUUGGCUUCACUUCUCAUCUUCGAAGUCGGAUCCUUGGUUUGCGCUGUCAGUCCCAGCUCAUCCGUAUUCAUCGUCGGACGUGCGAUCGCAGGCCUCGGAGCUUCGGGACUCCAAAGUGGCAGUCUGGUCCUCAUUUCAGCGGCGCUACCAGCCAAGAAGCUGCCCUUGUACUUGGGAGCGAUUGGUAUGGUGUAUGGUGUUGCUGCUGUUCUCGGGCCUGUCGUUGGUGGCAUCAUCACCAACAGUCACCUCACAUGGAGAUGGCGAUUCGGCGGCACUCUCUACUCCUGGAACGACGGUCGCACCAUCUCGUGUUUCGUAGUUGCUGCCGUGCUUAUUGUCGCUUUUGUGGUAGAGCAGUGGUGGAUGGGCGAGAAGGCUCUUGUGCCACCGCGUUUGGCCAAGAUGCGUGUGGUAAUCUUUGGCUCGUUCUUCGGUUUUUGUCUGGACAGCGCAUUCUUCACGCUGGUUUACUACGUUCCUCUGUGGUUUCAGGCGAUUCAAAGUGUCAGCCCCGAGCAGUCAGGAGUCAGGUAUCUCGCUCUUUGCUUAGCCUUCAUAUUCACCAUCUUUCUAAGCGGCUGGGGUGUCACCAAGACCGGAUAUUACCAACCCUUCAUGCUUGCUGGCACAGUUCUAAUCUCCGCGGGCUCUGGUCUGUUGUCAACCCUCCGAGUAGGAUCGACGGCGGGCCACUGGAUCUCUUACCAAGUCAUUGCCGGGCUUGGAAUCGGAGCUUCGACACAGCAAGCUGCGGUGGCCGUUCAAAGCACUCUCACAGAAGGCGAUGUUGCCAUCGGAGUUGCGGUCGUUUUGUUCUUCCAGUGUCUCGGGCCAACCACCGCCAUCACCAUUUCCCAGGCGGUCUUUGCGAGCGACCUAGCUUCCGGUAUCUCUACCAAGCUCCCCGACGUGGAUAUGCAGCAAAUCAAGGACGCUGGCGCCACACAACUAACAGGACUGGUCUCGGAACAACAGGCCGGUAUACUUCUAGACGUAUACAAUCAUGCCGUAACUAGAACGUUCAUUGUUGCGGCCGCUAUGGCAGCUGCUAGUGUCAUUGGGGUAGUUGGGAUUGGAUUGAAGAAGAUACGAGUCGAAGAGAGUGUCGCAGACCCAGAUGUGGCAGAUUCGCCAUGA